GUCAUAUUCAAAGUGAAAUGUGCAGCUGAAUUCAACAAAUACAAGGUCCUGUUGUAUCUGGGCUCCAUAUUUACCAGCCUCCUCUUCUUAGUUGUGAACUUAACUUGUGCAAUGUUAAUCCAUGGUGAGGUCCCGGAGAACCAGCUGAAGUGGACAGUCCUUGCCCGUGCCCUAGUCAACGACAGCCUCUUCAUCCUCUGUGCCAUCUCGCUGGCUUGCUGCAUGUGCAAACUGGGAAAGAUGUCUUCAGCCAACGUCUACCUCGAGUCUAAGGGAACAUCUGUCUGCCAGGCUAUUCUUGUGGGAUCUGUGGUCGCUCUUCUGUAUUCCUCAAGGGCUUGCUAUAACCUCGUAGCUGUGGCCAUAUCUCCAGACAACGUUCCUGGUCCUUUUAACUAUGGCUGGGACAACCUUUCAGACAAGGUGCACGUGGAAGUGAACAGUGAAGAGUACGUGGUGUUUGGCGUGGUCCUCUUCCUCUGGGAGCUGGUGCCAACGACCUUCGUGGUGCUGUUCUUCCGGGCUCAGAGACUCAGCCAGAACUUGACUCCAGCGGGGAUGGUCAACAGUCACAGUUACAGCUCCAGAGCCUACUUCUUUGACAAUCCGAGGCGCUAUGACAGCGAUGAUGACUUGUCACGGCUUGGGGCCAGAGAAGGAGGCUUGGCCACCCCUCAGUGCUCUGGCUGCUACGGGUCCCUGGCUGGCAACGACAGCUACGCGGUGGGGCCGCAGCUCGGCGGAACAGACAGUGCCCCCUUGCUCUUUGCCGCGGGCGGCUCGGAGGUGAAUAACCACCCUAGCUCCUACCCUGCACCGCAGAACUGA